CGAACUUGGAAUGCCAAGAUUCCUUUACAAGACAGAAGUCAAACAUUGCGUCACAUCACGCCACUGAUUUGACCAUCUCUUGGCUAUCGCGGAAAUGGCAAGAGGUUAAGCGAUAAUCAACCAAGUCUAUUCUCCCCUAGCUAGCGCCGUCUGCUGUCCCCUUAAUCACCAACGACAACACUUCUUACAAGCAUGACGGCAUUUCAUCGACUACUUGCUCUCAAUGCCGCUGUGCUGUUUAUUCUACCACUUGCUGUGAGUAUGCAGUGGCCUGCCGGCAAGUACGGCCUGCCAAAGGCUUUGUCCGGGUGUCCGGCUACGACCGGCUUAACGUGGCAGACAGGGUGGCGUUACCAGGAUACGGAAGACUUCUACGGCAAGAACGCGCACUCCGCGAGCUUUCACCUAGACGCGUCCGUCAGCGCAAGUAACCUAAAACGGCACUUCUGUAUGAAAACGGACACGAAGAACGAUAACGCAAGGCCAAGCUGGCCCAAAGGUCAAUACUGCAUUUACAAGAAGGGGAGUUGUCCGAGUGGCUUCAGCUCUGGUUGGAUCAGAUGGGAUGACGAAGAUGUAAGGAACAGUAACAAUUACCAAGGCACGCUCCCUGAUGGAACAUACGACAGAAACACCCUCAUCUAUUUUUGCUGUCGUAGCGACGGGAGCAAGACGAUUCCCAUACCACUCCCCACGGAAACGCCUUUCUUUCUAUUGGCUCAAGGCUCUGCAAGCUGUCAACAGGUACAGUACGCUGUAGCGGUUACGGAAUGGUUACGUUUCGAUACGGAAGAUGUAAAUAACGGGGACGGAUAUGGCGGUAGCUACCCUUAUGGCGCCGGCAUUAACGACCACACAAUGCACUACUGCUACUACAAAAGCUGCGCCUACAUAAUUAACGGCUCUAGCAACGGCACCCUCGCUUCACCAAAUUUCCCCAAGCCUUACCCCAACGGGCAGAUUUGUUCUUGGUCAAUCACCAUAGCAACCGGAUCCAAGAUAUCUUUGAACUUCACUACAUUCCUGCUCCAAAGCGGGAGUGACGUAGAUAGUGUCCAGGUAUUUGAUGGAAGUGACGUUAAAGCUCCUUCACUUGGCGUGUUCUCAGGAGUGCAUAGUCCACCAUCACAGGGAUUGCUAUCAUCUGGAAAUCAAAUAUUUGUUUUGUUUAAAUCUGAUUCGUCCAACAGCGACAAAGGAUUUGAAGCUUGGUUCAAAGUCUGGGUACCACCGACUAGAGCCCCGACAAGUUCUACCGUGACAUCGAAACCGACGUCCCUGAGCACUAGGAAGGAUGACGUUACCAGUACCGUCACCACAAACGUGACAACUGUCACGCCACCAAACGCGACGCGAUCCACCCGACCGUACACUGAAGUAACGCAGCCAAAUGUCAGUACGACAAAGGGAGUAACGCAAUCCACCAGUACCGGGACAGAAAUCACGCAAUCGACAAUUGAAAUCACUAAAAAAACAACAGAGGUUGUGACGAGCAUCACCCCUACUGGAAGUGAAGAGGUGAUUAACGGAAGUGCGCUUGCUUACCGGAAGUCUUCUUCCCGGGGAGUGAACACAGUAACCAUCAUUGUCCCAACUAUCUUCAUUGUCAUCAUCAUCAUCGUGCUGGUACUGUUCUUUGUUUAUCGGCGAAGACGAAAGAACAACAACAAGACCGACAAAAAGCACUUAGUCUUUUUUAACGGAGACCCGAGUGCAUCUAACGUGGAUAUCUCCAUUGACAAUCCUCUUUAUGACGUGGGAGGAACUGCAAAAGCUGAGACAAAAACAGCAACAACCCCCCCACAGGAAAGUGAUCCUAACCAUGGCAACCCAUUCUCAGAAUGUGAUAACCCGCUGUACGAUUCUAGCUAUGGACCCCCUGUGGAGAACUCAUUCCCUAAUAAGGGUAUGUCACCAACAAUGCACCUUGAAAUGAAUGAUGACGUCAUGGCAUACCAGAAUGAGCUGUAUAAGACGCGCAUGCCCUGUGGUAGCCAAUCAAAUGAAAGCAAUGCUUGAGGGAUGAGAAGGUUGUGUCGCUCCAAGAAGCCGUAAAACAAUGGCAACAGGAUGACCUUUCACAGCAUCAGUCUCCAUUCUGCCUGCAUUUUACAUUGUACUUUAUAAACAAGCUGUAUAAAUUUCAUUAUUUAUUCUAUUAUAAAUGAUUGUCAAAAAUAUGCAAGCACUACUUUCAGCCUUUGUUACUUGUGUGGUUUUAAAUGAGUUGUAAAGCCCGGCGCACACGGUGAGGAAAAUUCCACGCGACGCGUGCUCAUUGCUCACUUUGCUUUUAGGGGUUAUGGCAAGUGUGGAAUGAUAAAAGAAAGCAAAUAAUGAAUAAAACAGUAUUUUCAAUCAC